ACAUUGUUGGUAAAAUUAUGUAGUAGAGUUUAAUUAUAUCCCAGGGUAUUUCGGGAAUUAAUUAACUGCUGAAGCACAAAUGCUUAAACUAUAGGGCCGCGGAUGUAGACGGAAUACACUUGUUGCUCUUCCAAUCCCAGGAAGCGAAACACGCUUGGAACUUGAGUGAAGUAUCGGACCCAAGAGGCAUGGGGUGCAGCGUUAGUUUUGAUCCAGAAACUAACUGCAGACAAAUUAGCUGUAUCUAAUUCCGAUAAAUAUCUCCAUAGUAGCAAUCUGUUGACCUUGAUGGCGGAAUCCUAAAGGACUGAAUCCUAGUUCGACUACUAAUUUGCAUCUGGUGGCUAACGACCUGUUUGUUGAUAAUGAAUCUCAUGACUUGUAAAAUUCACAAACGUUUUGAGAGGACGAAGAGGAGGAUAAUCUCUCGGGACUAAGUGAAGACCUCCCUCCUGAAGAAGUGUGAAACAUGCCCUUGCCAUUUGGCUUAAAACUCAAAAGGACUAGAAGGUAUACUGUUUCAAGCAAGAGCUGUCUUGUCACUCGGAUUCAGCAGCUCAAUGGAGAGUUUGUUGAGUUUACACUUUCAGUGGAGAGCACUGGGCAGGAAUGUUUGGAGGCAGUUGCCCAGAGACUGGAGUUAAGAGAGAUAACAUACUUCAGUCUGUGGUACUUCAACAAGCAGAACCAGCAGAGAUGGAUUGACUUGGAGAAGCCACUGAAAAAGCAGCUGGACAAGUAUGGGCUGGAACCCACCGUUUACUUUGGAGUCGUCUUUUACAUACCCAGUGUCACCCAACUGCAACAGGAGAUCACAAGAUAUCAGUAUUACCUACAGCUGAAAAAGGAUGUUCUGGAAGGCAGGAUCUCAUGCUCGCUAGAGCAAGCUGUACGUUUAGCUAGCCUGGCAGUGCAAGCUGACUUUGGAGACUUCAAUCGAUAUGAUUCCCAGGAGUUCCUCCAGAAGUUUGUGCUGUUCCCUAUUGACUGGAUACAGGAUGAGCGAGUGCUGGAAGAGGCCACUCAGAAAGUGGCUCUGCUUUAUCAGUCCUUUAGGGGUUUGUCAGCCCCAGAGGCAGAGAUGUUGUACAUGCAGGAGGUGGAGAAAAUGGAGGGCUAUGGCCAGGAAAGCUAUCAAGCCAAGGACAGUACAGGCACAGAUGUUACUCUUGGAUCCUGCCUUGACGGCAUCUUUGUCAAGCACAAAAAUGGAAGGCCACUUCUUUUAUUUAGGUGGAAUGAAAUUAACAACAUGAGUCACAACAGGUCCUUCUUUGCCCUGGAGCUAGCCAACAGAGAGGAGAGUGUUCAGUUCCAGACCGAAGACAUGGAAACCUCCAAAUACGUGUGCCGGAUGUGUUUGGCCAGACUCAAGUUUUAUAAGAUUAACAAGAGUAGCCUAGAGGAGUGUGACCCCCUACCUUCUGAGGGCUCCCAGAAGUCCCUUCUCACUCUAUCCUUUCCUCGCUUUCCAAUGCUCUCUCGUCCCUCUCUGCCUUCUAAUAAGGGCCAAACCCAGCCCACAGUUGUAAACCCAGUCAGACGGAGAUCCUCGACUAGAAUAUCUCUGCCAAAGCCUCAGGCCUACAUGAUGCCCCCUCCGCAAAUGCACUACAAUGGCCAUUUCACAGAGCCUUACACAUCGUCACAGGACAACCUGUACAUGAACAGUCAGAACGGUUAUUACUACCACUCUCAGACCAGCCUGGACUGCUCUCCUCUGGAAUACAGCAGUGGAGGGCGUUUACGCAAUGGCAGCGUCUACAGUGCCCACAGCACCAGCUCUCUGACCAAUCCUCAACACUACCUUCAGCCUUCACCCAUGUCCUCCAACCCCUCUAUCACUAGCGAUAUCACCAGGCCAGACUAUGUCCCUUCACAUCGCCACAGCGCUCUCAUCCCACCCUCCUACCGCGCCACUCCGGAUUAUGAGACAGUGAUGCGUCAGAAGAACCGAGGAGCGGGAGGAGGGAUGGUUUUGUCUCAAGAGCACCGGCAGAGCCACUCGAUGAGGAACCUAAACAUCGGAAACUCAUACGCCUACAGCAGACCAGACCCUCUAGUUUACAGCCAGCCAGAGAUCAGGGGGGAGCAUGGCGGAGCAGCCCAACACCACCACUAUCCUUUCCAUCUGGGCUCCAGCUUUCACAGCCCCUCUCCAUACCCCUAUCCUACAGAGAGGAGGCCCGUAGUGGGGGCAGUUAGUGUCCCUGAGCUAACAAAUGUCCAGUUACAACAAGCCCAGGAGUAUCCGGCCCCCAACAUCAUGAGAACACAAGUGUACCGACCACCUCCGCCUUACCCAUACGCCCAUCCUCGGCCUGCAAACAGCACACCUGACCUGUCGCGUCACCUGUAUGUCAGCAGUAGCAACCCAGACUUGAUCAUCACGAGGCGUGUGCACCACUCAGUCCAGACUUUCCAAGAGGACAGUUUGCCUGUUGCUCACUCUUUACAGGAGGUGUCAGAGCCUCUUUUCAGUGGACUCCCACACAGGCACCCAUACCAUGCUCAGAAGCGCAACUCCAUUGAAAUUGCUGGAUUGGCUCAUAGUCUCGAGGGAAUGAGGGUGAAAGAGCGCACCGUGUCUUCUUCAGCAGCCGAAACUGCUACACCCCCUCCAGUCUUGCGUGGCGGUCGCUCUCAGGGCUCACAGCUCAACGUGUUCUUGGAACGUACAAAGACAGAAGAUAGGGGCGACAUUAGGGAGGACGUGCAGUAUGGACACAAAAAGUCCCUUUCAGAUGCCACCAUGCUGGUUCACAGUAGUGGCGAAGAAGAGGAGUUUGAGGACGAUAGUGGACGUCACACUCCACUUUCUCAAGAUGCAAUUGCAGCCAUUGUUCCUGAGCAGGUGCCCAAACAGCAUCACAGCCUGACAUCUCUCUCUUCUCUGCCGCCUCAGCAACAGACUCCCAUAGAGCCUCCUCCUGCAUACCCCAUAGGCUCCUCCCUUGACCCCUCUAUAACCGGCUCCUUGACGUACAAGGUUCACCCCCUGAUCCAGGAGGGUGAGCCUCUGUACAUGUUGUCAGACUUACGACAGCCCAGGAUUAUGCCCUCGGUCUCAGAGGGAGACCUGAGUGGUCAGGCUAAGCAGAAGACUAAAACAGACUUCAAGAAGAGGCCUGUGUCUGAUGUGCCUCCUGGGAAGAAAACCGUGGAAGGUUUACCCCCUCCGGGCAUGAAGAAAGGAGCCAGGUCAGAGGUAAAAAAGAUGGGCCCUCUGAAGGUGGCCAAGCUGAAUGGGCUGUCGGUGUCCAGGCAGCCAAUGCACGACGAGGGCAAGGAUGAGCCUGAACGAGCCUCUAAUGACGAGAGGUGUAAAUUGCUGGAGCAGCACAUGGACAGAGGCGAGCUGUUAAAGGAGUAUGAGAAAAUCCCAAAGCGUCCGGGAGGGGAAUACACCAUCGCCCAGCUGCCGGAGAGCGGAGACAAAAACCGCUUCCAAGAUGUCCUGCCUUAUGACAACAACCGAGUGGAGCUGGUUCCCACUAAAGAGAACAACACAGGAUACAUCAACGCAUCACAUAUUAGAAUCACAGUAGGCGGACAGGAGUGGAGCUACAUUGCAACGCAGGGUCCCAUGUCGAACACAUGUCAGGACUUCUGGCAGAUGGUGUGGGAGCAGGGUGUCUCCAUCAUUGCCAUGGUCACUGCUGAAGAGGAGAGCGGCCGAGAAAAGAGCUUCCGGUACUGGCCACGACUUGGCUCGCGACACAACACGGUGACGUACGGGCGCUUCAAAAUCACCACCCGGUUCCGCACCGAGUCCGGCUGCUACGCCACCACAGGGCUUAAGAUCAAACACCUCCUGACGGGCCAAGAGAGGACUGUCUGGCACCUGCAGUACACAGACUGGCCUGAUCACGGCUGUCCUGAGGACUUCAAAGGCUUCCUCACCUACCUCGAAGAGAUCCAGUCUGUGAGGAGACACACAAACAGCAUCAGUGACCCAAAGAACACCAACCUACCUGUACUGGUCCACUGCAGUGCCGGGGUGGGACGGACUGGCGUGGUCAUCCUAUCUGAGAUCAUGAUAGCCUGUCUAGAGCACAAUGAGCCACUGGAGGUCCCGGAGGUCCUAUGGAAGCUGCGUACUCAGAGGAUGAUGAUGGUUCAGACUUUGUCUCAGUACAACUUCAUCUACAAGGUCCUCAUCCAAUACCUCCGCAACUCCAGGUUGAUCUGAGCACAGGCGUCUGUCCAGCCUGUCACCAUACACUGUCAUCACGGACGAUUUCAGGGUUGAAGGUUGCACCAGGAUUAUGCCAAACUGCAAAGUGAUGAAGUAGCUGAUUGAGUGUUUAAAUGUAGCAGUCGGUAUGUGGUGGACCCUGUUUAGGCCAAGUAUUAAAUCAGGCAAGGCUGAAGGAAUGAUGCGUGGAUAUACAAAAAAGACGCAAUGCUACAUGAAGGAGCAUAAAGACUUAUAACCUGCCUCUAAAUAGUAUUAUAGUAUUUUUUACAUACAUUAUUGCUUAAUAAUAAGCCCAGCACUUUUACAGUACUUUGCUGUACAUAUUGAACCAUUGUUAAACUGCAUUAAAAAAAAGUCUUUAUUAUAGAUGUGUAUUGAAAACAGUUGAUUUAUUUUCAAUUGACUAAGGACUCUUUUCGAAUGAGUAUGUUUAGAUUGCUUUUGCUGUUGGUUCUGGUGAAUGAAGGACUUUUCUAUAGUGAUGAAGUGAACAAAAGCUCAGAAGUAGUUUCAUUUGAAGGUCUGAUUAUGGAGCCAAAAGUUCAAGGAUGCAGUUAAAUUGAGGUGUCUGCAUGUAAAAUAGUCAAGAGUGUGCUUUUCCUGUGCUUCUGAGAAGUCCCUACUGCCCACCAAACAUCUGUUGACCUACAACAAACCACAUGCUGAUGGAUUGGUCUUUGUAAAACACGGGUUUGAUGGGAAGUAGAAAUGCAAUGCACAGGUUUGAGAAAUCUGUAGUUGACGAUGGAGGAGAAAGUCACAGCAGGUUUUUUGUGGUUGAGAGCAAAACUGGAAUUUUAUCCUAAUUUUUCAUUACUUUUUUACCAUGAGAACUGUUACAAAUUUCAACUCUGAGUGCUGUAUUUCAACGAUAAACUUUAAAAUCGAUUUUUUUUUUUUUAGACAGUGCAUAAAUAUCUGCAUUGUAAAGGAGAAAAUGCUGUGUUUUUUUUGCAUAAUAUGAAGGAAAUUUUUCUCAAUCGGUGUCAGUUAUUUCUUGUUUUACAUUUAUUGCAGUAAUAUGCUAGUAAUGACAUUUAAGAAACAUCCCUGCAAGAAACAAGGAUUGCAAGUAAUAUUCAUGAAUUCAGCUUAGAUCCUUAAGAUCACGACAGAUGAGCCUUACAUUUUAAUGUAAGCGCACCAAACACACACUGUUAGAAGACGGGGUCAAGAAUCAGGAGGCUGUGUACCCAACGGCUGGAUGCAGUGUGCUGCGUUUUACGUCACCCCUGCUGGCUGUGAUGACUUCGGUGUGAAGCAAAAAGUCUGAGGGACAGACAAUCUCCAAUUUCAGUGUUCUGGCUGCCCCGCUUGUUUUCACUCCAGUGAGAAAUGUCCCUCCUCUGUUACAAACAGCCUCCUGACUAUUAAUGAAUGCUUACGCAAUCACAAUCAACCGGAGCCGUACACAGUACGUGUCUAUUCCUGCCGCAGCUAUAAGUUGUUUUAAGAGAUCAGAACAAAGUGAUUGUAUACUCAAAAAAUGCUUAGAAGCACUGCAGAGUUUACGUGAAGUGAAACCUUUGUAUUUACUUCAAUUUGAUAGAAAUUGCAAAUUUGCAAUUCAAGGCAAAAAAUUAAUUUAAAAUGUGGCCAAAGCGAAAAGAUUUUUUUUUUACCCUGAUAUUUUUGUUGACAGGUUUUUGGUGUCCAAGAGGCAUACGCAGUGGUUUUGCUUAAAACAGGUUAUCUGCUAUUGAGAUAUAUUUUAACUGGAUCUUCUUAGCACCCACCGUUUUUUGAACAUGCUUGAGACUUUGUGUUUUUGGUUUUAAGAUACUGAUUGAGUCUUAGUUUGGAGACAGAAAAGAGUGAUUUUUGUGGCCAAGGUGUAACUCUUUUGUCCAUGUACAGGUAUGUUGUUCAUAAUGUACACAAUGUAAAAUUCUGCUUUAAUGAAUACUGGUUAUUGUACAAACUAUGUAUAAACUGUAUCUAUUGAAAAAAAUGGUAUGUCAUUGGAAAAAUAAGUAUAGAAAAUCUUUUCAGCCAAGAAUAAAUAUUUGGAAAUAAGUUUCAUCCACUGCAUCGCUAAAUUUACAUCGGUCCAUUAUACCACCUUGUGAUAGGAAUUAGCCAAUGUCUCUCCAUGUCAUUUAUUGCCCUAUUUCCAUAGCUGGUAAUUGCAAUGACAUAAGAGAGAGUUUACAUUAUUGCUCUUUAUUAAAUUCAGAAGUUAAAAAGGAUCACAGUCGUCAUAUAUACAGCUGGUACAAAAUGUUUUAGGAAAUUAGGCGAGAACUGAUGUUUUAUAAUCUGAAAUGUGAAGUAA